UUAAAUAUAUUUAAUAUAUUAUUCAUAAAUUUUAUAUUAGCCAGGCUUAUUUCAACAUGAACAGCAAAAUGAACAAGGUGAAACUGUCGAAAGGCAUCCUGGAAAUGAAAUUCAUGUCCCGGACACGAGAAAAACUCGAGAAGGAAAAGGAUGACGCCGAAGGUAGAGCAAUGUACAGCAACGAAUUUACCGACAAAAUGCUGCACGAAUCAUCAAAGUAUAUAAUCGAAACUAGCUACGUGCCAUGCGAGGACCUCAUCGAAGGACGAGUCAGCUACGGUGGGAUGAAUCCGGAAAUCGAACGCCUCAUUGAGCUGGAGAAGAACAAAGAUUUAGCCGAACUGAUCGAACGGGAACGAGCCGAAGCGGCCGAAAAACAGAAAAUGCGCAUGGACGUACCGGACGAAGAGAUGGCCAAGUUCUACACCAGCGUGAUGAAGACGGUGAAGAAAAAGUACGAAAAGGGAGGCAAACGGCAACAAAGUAUAUUGCCGUUGAAUAUCAAAAGAAUGGAAAAGCCUAGGGAUGAGGAUGAUGAUUAA